AUGCAGCCAUUGAUCGCCUCAGGCUUCAUUGCUGGCGGUACUGUGCAGGCCCCUCUGGAGCGGGCAACAGCGACUCUGUCGGAGCGGGAACGGGCUGCAGGAGAAAGCCUGGGACGCGCUCGCGUGGAGCAGCUCCUGGCGCAAGGCCGUGGUGAGUAUCUAACAUUGGUGGAGAAAGGCGACUUCAAGCAGGUGUGCGCAUUCUGCGGCAUAGUACGCACCAUGCGCUCGCAUCAUUGCAAGGAGCAAGGUCGGUGUGUCGAGAGGAUGGACCAUUUUUGUCCGUGGAUAGACAACAGCGUUGGCCUGAGCAAUCAAAGGUCAUUCUUUUUGUUCAUCGUGGUGCUUCUUGCCACCAUCUUGUACUUCUACUACACGGUCUUCCUCUAUGCUUUUGACACGGUGUUUCCCGAGAUCUCGAGAGGCUCCUUCAGUGAGCUUCUAGAGGCCGUGACAAAUGGGUCCCUUGGGCCCGAGUUGCAACCGAUUCUGGUUCUGACAAUCGCGACGUUGGACAUGCUCUUCGUGUACAUCGUAGGCUCGCUCGUGGCCAGAACCACGGCUUUCAUGAUUGUGAACUUGACGGCGUAUGAAGUUUGGAAAAGACCCGGCCAUGUACUACGACGCUUUCGCAAGGCUCGGGGGCAGUGGUGGUACUUCCAUGGCUGGGGGCUGAGAUCUGCUCUAUCCAACAUCAUGAGUUACUGGACAUUGGACAUGAGCGGUGAUGCAGCUGCUUUUCUUGGAAGUCUUCAAGACAGUUUCACCGCUCCAGGAAAGGCUUCAGGGAUCAAUUUGAAAGAAGGCGAGCUUGCUUACUUGCCCGAAGAGCCCUGA